GUGGAGACGUUGACUUUCCUAUGGAUCCUGUUCGCCUGCAUUGUCCUCGGCAACAGUGCCGUGCUGGCCGCGCUCCCCAAAGGCCGAAAGUCUCGUAUGAACUUCUUCAUCAUGCACCUCGCCAUUGCAGAUCUUGGCGUGGGUCUGGUUAGUGUACUAACAGACAUCAUCUGGAAAACUACAGUUGACUGGCAUGGAGGCAACUUCGGUUGCAAAGUUGUCAAAUUUGCUCAGGUCCUGGUUACGUACUCUUCCACACACGUGCUGGUGGCACUCAGUAUCGACUGGUAUGACGCCAUCACCAGGCCUAUGAAUUUCUCCGGAAGCUGGAGGCGUGCGCGCUGGCUGGUAGCUCUAGCCUGGGCAGCAUCAGUGGCCAUGUCGCUGCCCUCCAUCUUCCUCAACGGCGAGGCGAUGGUGCACGGCCGUCUCCAGUGCUGGAUUGAGCUCGAGUUGUGGCAGUGGCAAGUGUACAUGACCCUGGUUGCUGGCUCUCUCUUCUUCAUACCGGCCUUUCUAAUCGCCGCCUGCUACAGCAUUAUUGUCUACACCAUAUGGAAACGCAGCAAAAUACUAAAAGGUUCCAUUUUUCACCGUACAUACACAAUAAGUGUGGCAAGCACUAUCCGUGUAGAGCUCAUGGGGAAGGAUAUCGACACGAGAAGAACAAGCUCUCGGGGAGUGAUUCCAAAAGCAAAAGUCAAGACGGUCAAGAUGACUCUGAUCAUAGUUUUAGCGUUCGUCUUCUGCUGGAGCCCGUACUUCAUCUAUGACUUGCUCCAAGUGUACGGCGCGACUCCGAAGACUCAGGCGGCCAUCGCCGUCGCAACGUUCAUUCAGAGCCUGGCACCACUGAACAGCGUCGCCAACCCGCUGAUCUACUGCUUCUUUUCGAGCAACAUGUGCCGCCACAUUCGACACGAGGCCCUCCUGACGUUGUCGCCCCAGGAACCGCCGUCUUUAUGAUCCGCACGCAGCGCCCGCGCCUCGGGCAACAGGUCAUGCGUGACGCAUUCGACGGCGGUAUCCAACUCGGUGCUCUGAAGACGACCGACUCAGUUGAGAAAUGAGAGCGCAGCCUUGCAUAGAACAUAGACUGGAACGACAACAGGCUCUUUAUAAGCCUAUAGACGUUGUUGUACUCAUUCUCAUGUGUGGUAAACUGUUGAAAUUCGCGGGUGCGGGAAAUUUCAAUGUUUGAAUACCAUGGACUACAAACCUAGUAGUACCAUGGACAAGCGCUGGUAUAAAUCAAUCGUGAAACCCACCACCCGCACACAUAUGACUGUCCUC